UGUUAUAGAAAGUUUUAUAAAUUUAAACAACUUGUUUUUAAAUCAUCGUCACCAAAUAAUUUUAACUUUUUAACAAGUUACUAAGUACAUUGCUAAUACUAAUUGUUAUCCCAUAAAUUAAAACUACUUACAAUUUAAUAAAAUUAAUAUUUAUUUUAUAUAUAUUAAAAAAUUAAAACCCUUAAUUUUUAAGGGCCCUAUAUGCCGUCAGGGGCCCUGGUAAACACCUUUUUUCAAAUUAAAAGAAAAAAAAAAAAAAAAAAAAAAAAAAAAAGAAGAAGAAGAAGAAGAAGAAGAAAAUUCUCCGAUGCUGCUGCUGUUGCUGUUGUUAUUUGCAUAUGGAUGCACCAAUAUGUUCUUAUGUUGACUAAGUUGGAGUCAUUGCCCUACAAUUAUUUUAGUAUCCACUUGCAACUAGAUGGGAAAAAGAAAAGAAGAAGAAAGGAUCAAGUUGUGCUGUACAAAAUGGGAUCCUUAUCACACACGACGACUUUGAAGAGGGCUUUUGGUCAUAAUAUAUUUGAUAAAUGUAGAAAUUUGGAGAGAAGGAAUAUAUAGAUGAUGAAUGGUAGCUAGCUGAGCAAAUUUGAUUACCAACUGUGACUGUUUGUACAUCUUUAGAAUAACAGCAAAGUCUUCGUCUCUCUGCUCAGAUGAACACUAAGGCUCGACUAGACAUUAAAGAGUUAGCAAAGUCUGUAAGACAAGAGUUGGGUGUGUUGGGACCUUUAUCCGACAAAUGUUGUAUCUACAAAGUUCCAGAAAGAUCUCGCAAGUUAAAUCCAGAAGCAUAUACGCCCAGAGCAGUCUCUGUAGGGCCACUUCAUCAUGGUAAACAAGAGCUGAGGGUAAUGGAGGAGCACAAAAGAAGGUACUUAUUUGAUUUUCUGCAGUGGAGCGACAGCAGCUUGGAGGACUUCAUUACUUGUAUUGGUAAACAAGAGACGAGGUUGCGUAACUGUUAUGCAGAAACCAUUGUGUUCAGCAGUCAGGAAUUUGUGAAGAUGAUACUGAUAGAUGCCACCUUCCUCGUUACAUUCUUACUCAAAGUCCAUUUCGCACACUUGCGAAGCCGCAAUGAUCGUAUAUCAAGAAAUGAUAAUAUGUUUGAUAUAAGUCGUGACAUAAUAUUGCUUGAAAAUCAGGUUCCAUUCUUCAUCCUUGAGGACUUAUUUAAGCUCUCAAAUUUGGCUGAACGUGUGGAGGGGUUGUCCUUGUCCAUGAUUGGGCUCACUCAUAGCUUCUUUCAAGGUAGAUGGGGUUCAUGGGUGACUGGGGACAUUUUAGAGCAGCAAGAUUUCUCUGAAGUCGAACAUUUUCUUGAUUUCUUAAGAAUUUGUCAGCAGCCUCCAAAGUUGAAACCUCCAAGAAAACUGGAAAAGAUAGUGCUACCGACAGUAACACAGCUGCACGAUGCUGGCGUCAAGUUUGAGUUGAGUCCAAGUCAAAACAAACUCAGCAUAGCAUUUGACAAGGGAAUUCUGAAAAUUCCACAUUUCAGAAUAGAAGAUACAGUAGAAGUUUUGUUGAGAAAUCUGCAGGCCUUUGAAGAAUGCCAUUGUUCAGGUGAGAUGUAUGCCAAUGAUUACAUUGCUAUGAUUGGCAUGCUUAUUAAGGAUGCUAAGGAUGUGGAAAUACUGGAUCAAAAUGGGAUAAUAGAAAAUUGGAUAGGGAACAAUCAAGCAGUGGCGACUCUCUUUGCUCGCAUGGAAGUAGCUAUCCGCCGCAAUCAAUUCUACUUUGCCGCUACUCUUCAAGAUCUGAAUGAUUAUUGCAAGAACCCUUGGCACAAGAUGAAAGGAAGCUUGAGACAAGACUAUUUCAACACUCCAUGGGCUGGGAUCUCUGUUUUCGCAGCUUCUAUUCUCCUCGUACUCACAGUAAUACAGACUGUGUGUUCCAUCCUUGAAGUCGCCUAAUCAUCGCAGUUUAUUGUUGGUCGCUUCUUCUGGUAUGUCUUGAAAUGAGGCUUUUGUGUGGCUAAUCUUUUUUUAUUUCUGUAUGGAACAAUUUUUUUGUUUAUGUUAAUAAGCACCUCCCAGUAUGGGACAAUAGUAUUGCCACGUGCGUUGUGCUUAUAAAUUAUUAUAUAAAUAUUUUUAAUGAAUCA